AUGGCGCGCAAUAUCCACACCUCCUACGUUAUCCAUGCGGCCGACAUGGUUCUUCAGGAGGCGGACGACUUCGAAACAUGGGAAAGCCGUAAUCUUGCUCGAAUUGUGCUAGCAAGGAUCUUCGGAAAUGUGAUCGUUCGUUUUCAUAAGCAGAAUGAGAGGAAAGCCCGUUCACCGCUCCCACCAUCCCCAAUACCACCACGAUCAGGACAAGAAAGGGCGAGUACUCCUUACUAUCGACGUUUCGAUCAUCAGCACAGUAUGUCAAACUUUAUGAGCCCAUUUGGAGAGGAUCAUAGUUUUGUCUUCGCGCCUCGACAACGAACACCACAAAGUGAGCACGGUUCUACUCAUAGUUCCAUCGAUCUUCUAUCAGACUCACCGGAAUCGGGCAGUCCUUCAAACAUUGACCAACCAUUGUCAACUGCGCCGGCAACCUACCUACCUUAUUACAGACGAUUCUCUAAAAGACCAUUGCGAGAUGGAAACAAAGAUUUUGUGUGGAUGACGUCUGGGCAAUUCACGACUCAAGGAGGGAAGAAGAAGAUCAUCGAGUUUAUCCGAAAGAAUUGGACAGAUGACCCUCGCACGAAAUUCUUUGUGGACCACAUCGGCACCAUAUCACUUCCAGGCAUUGCACGUCACAAGUAUGCGAGCACAUGGCGAACAGCAUUCACAUCACGUGUUAUCUACUUUUCUCUCGACGUCUCUACUAUGCACCUCUGUCGUCCAAUCGUUGUGACAUUCACGUUUUCAAACGGAAAACGACAACACAGACCAAACACAUCUCAAAAGCAUUUCGAAAACUUCAUGAGAAGCCUCUAUCCCUACGGAAAGGAUAAAGUUGCGUAA